GGACUAUGCAUGAAGGCACCAAGGUCGAUGACGUCAAGGACCAAGCUUGCCCCGCGUUUGCAAAAAUUUCGAUGGCCGUAGCCAAUCGCCGGUCUCGGGGAAAGUCGCAUCGAGACUUCUCAUCUUCAUAGAUUACUCUUGACCGAGUUAGACUUGGAGUUCCGACCACAGGCGACUAGCUCAAACGAUUGGCACCACAAGCAUCCAUCGACCAGGUCUACAUUUAGGACGAUGUCUCCAUCUUCUCUGCGCGAUCGAACCAUCAAUCUCGGUGCCGGACCAUGCACCCUGCCGACAUCGAUUCUUGAAGUAGCAUCCCAAGGCUUGCUCGACUACGAAGGGACGGGGAUGGGCUUGGUUGAGCUAUCGCAUCGCUCGAAAGACUUCCAAAAGCUAAAUUCGAAUACGAUCGACAACCUACGAACCCUCUUGACCGUCCCAGAAAAUUUUGAAAUCCUAUUCAUGCAAGGUGGCGGUUUGACUCAAUUCUCGUGCGUGGUCAUGAACCUCGUCAACCAGUUCAGACUCAAAAACAAGUCGGAUCCGUCAGAUCAAGUCGUGGUUGAUUAUCUGAUUACCGGAAGUUGGAGUCUCAAGGCCUCUAAAGAAGCUGCAAGACUUGGCUGUCAAGUCAACGUUGUCGCGGAUGGUCGUCAAUUUAGUGCGGACUCGAAAUCGUUCCAUUCCAUCCCGAAUCCGAUAGAUUGGAAGCUAUCCCAACAACUCGAUCAGCCUAAAUCAACUCCGGCGUUCUUGUACUAUUGCGAUAAUGAGACAGUCCAUGGAGUCGAAUUUCAAACGCCCGGAUUUCCAAUCGACCAACUACCCGAAGCAUAUCAAGAGAAAGUCCCUUUGGUCGCUGACGUGUCAUCCAACAUCUUGUCUCGUAAAAUAUCUCCUCAACUUUGGAAACGGCUUGGGAUUGUGUUUGCUGGAGCUCAAAAAAAUAUGGCCCCAUCUGGUCUAACGGUCGUCAUAGUCCGGAAAGAUCUAAUCACCAACCUCGACGAGGCCGUUCCAUUUGGAGGACUUCGAGUGCCAGAUAUGUUGAGCUAUAAAAACAUGGCCGAUCAUCAAUCGCUUUACAAUACUCCACCGAUGUUCUCAAUCUAUGUUUGUAAUUUGGUCUUAAAAGAUUUGUUGUCGAAGGGUGGAGUGGAAGCGAUCGAAGAGAUCAACAAGGAAAAAUCUAAAUUAGUUUAUCAAGUAAUUGAUAAUAGUCAAGGUUUCUACAUUAAUUCGAUCGAUCAAAACGCUCGGAGUAGGAUUAAUAUCAUCUUCAAUUGUCGAGGCGGGCCGUCAAUCGAAGACCAAUUUGCACUUGAAGCUGAAAAGUCUUACGGAAUCAAACAAAUCAAAGGUCAUAGGUCGAUUGGCGGCAUUCGCGCUUCGUUAUAUAACGCAGUCACUUUGGAUCAAGUUAAAGUGUUAUGCAACUUCAUGAGAGAAUUUAUGUCCAAAAAUUCAACAUAAUUCUGCAAGUACAAAUCUUUCCGACGUACACAAUCUCCAAAAGAAAUCCAACAAGCAAAACCUCUUGAAAUAUAACGAAAUUGCAAUCUUUUCCGACAAAUUUGCAUUCUACUUGGCAUGCAACUCAUGAAAUCAGACAGACUGAACGACAGAAGAACACUCGUCUCUCCUGCCCAUUUGCAUUCCCUUUUUUUGUCUUUCUAUCUCUCUCUUAGAUGCAAGGGCAACACAAUUCCUGUUCCUCUUCCCUGAGUCAACUUUAACUCUUUGGUUAGUCAAGUUCAAUUCUUUAGUUAGUUGGUUGACAAUCAAUGUAUCUACCUCUUUGAUCUUACGACAACAAAAUGCUUGCUCUACAUAGCUUAGCUAGUUUUUUCAGAUGCUUUCAUAAUUCAAAGCAAGUUCUUACAUAUUUCCCUGC